AUGUACAUGGUUUCUGUUCAAUCGAAGAUCAAAUCGAGAGAUCCUGUUUGGUACUUCUUGUCCCGUAUAGAAAAAAACGGGGGUCGACAGAGCAGGACGACGCCUUCUGGAUCGUGGAAACUCACCGGAGAUCCUGUGAAUGUCAAUGAUCGGAGGGUUUUAACGUUCAGCAAGGCGAAAAGCAGCAGCAGCACCAGCUCCAUAUCCGAGUGGGUGAUGCACGAGCUUCACUACACCCACACCGACUUGCCUGAACACAAGAGGACCACCUAUGUCAUCUGCAGACUGGAAUACAAGGGUCACGACGUGACCAUCCUAUCUGUUGCUCCAGUACCUCCCACUAUGGCCAAUAGUGCAAGCUCUGUGGUCGACCAAUCACUUCAAGGGAAUUCAGGACAUUACAACACUUUGUCCGAGUAUGAUUCAGGACAUCAGUUUAAUGGAAACUAUGACAUGCAGCAAUCAUUUCAAGGAUAUUCAGAAUAUUUCAACCCUACCUCGGAGUAUGGUUUAGCUAAUCAAAGCCACUGGUUUGGCAACCUACAACAACAAGUUCCUUACUCUGCCCCAUAUCAAGAUGAUUCUGAUAUGCUGAGGCAGGUUGUUGAAGAAAACUGGACCUCUUUGGUUGAUGAAAGGACAUGUAUGCGAGAGGAUCGUAGCCAUCACCGGCCUAAAAAUCCUAUCACUGGGAUUUUACCCGGUGAUAGCAGCGAUGAUGACACCGACUCAACGGUUUGGGAGAGACCUUGGAGCUCGACCGAUAGUGUUGGUAGUAAAGAUGUACCAUACCAUACUCCUAAAGAUGAUACUUCAUCAUUGAGUACUGUUGAGCCUUUUCCCAAUCAUGAGGCCCAAGAGAAACCAAAGCAGCUGGAGUUGCAUGGCAAAGAAAAGGUGAUAAAUAUGCAGAAAAACGAAUGUGAGUGGAAAUUAGGUGAAGACUCAAUCAAGAAGGCUCCAUCCACCACUGCAGUGAAGCAGAGCUGGAUUGUUUUGGAGGAGAUGAGUCAAAGGAACUCACAGUGGAUCUAUCUCAAGAACAUGAUCAUUGGCUUCUUAUUGUCCGUCUCCUUCAUUGGUUGGAUUAAACCCUAG